GGAAAUGCAUUGUUUACGUCGGCCUUGAAAGUAGGUCAGCGCGUAGUGACUGGCAUCUCGCAGGGAGCUGUGUGGUGGGACCGGAGAAAUAUAUUAUUUAUUUAGGAAAAAAGAGCCUCACUGUGGAAGGGGAAGAAAUCAACAGUGUCACGGAUCAAGGUGAACUAGAAUCCAGGGGAAGGUGACGCGGAGACGGACAAGAAGCAAAGCUGUGGUUCAGGUGAAAGGAGCCGCCUGCCUGCCAUGUCUAGGCGGAACAGGAGCAGCCGGGCGUGGCGCUACGUCUGGAGCGGCAUCCGGCGCGACGCCGACGCCCGGGCGCUGGUGUUGGCCUCCGAGAGCGAGGAGUGGGGCUACGACCGGCUGCAGUACAGCGACUCCGACUCCGAGCCGGAGUACCCCAGCAUCGCCCCGGCCGUGCCCAGCGCGGUCCCGGUGACGGGCGAGUCCUACUGCGGCUGCGACUCCCAGGCCGAGCCCGCCUACAACCCCCGGCUGAGGGGCUUCCACCGCGUCAAGGACUGCCACUGCGGAGAGGACGACCAGGACUUUGACUGGGUGUGGGAUGACGGCAACAAGUCCACCGCCACCCUGCUCAGCUGCGACAACCGCAAGGUGAACUUCCACAUGGAGUACAGCUGCGGCACGGCGGCCAUCCGGGGCACCAAGGAGCUGGCCGAGGGGCAGCACUUCUGGGAGAUCAAGAUGACUUCUCCGGUGUACGGCACAGACAUGAUGGUCGGAAUCGGCACAUCGGAUGUGAACCUAGACAAGUACAGACACACCUUCUGUAGCCUGCUGGGAAAGGACGAGGAAAGCUGGGGACUGUCCUACACCGGCCUGCUUCAUCAUAAAGGAGACAAGAUCAACUUCGCAUCGCGGUUUGGGCAGGGCUCCAUCAUCGGGGUGCACCUGGACACCUGGCACGGCACCCUCACCUUUUUCAAAAACCGCAAAUGCAUAGGCGUUGCUGCCACCCAGCUGCAGAACAAAAAGUUCUACCCCAUGGUGUGCUCCACGGCAGCCAAGAGCAGCAUGAAGGUCAUCCGCUCCUGCUUUGCGCCCACCUCCUUGCAGUACCUGUGCUGCGCCAAGCUGCGCCAGCUGCUGCCCGACUGCGUGGACACUCUGAGCGUGCUGCCCCUGCCCCCGGGCCUGCGCCACCUCCUGCACAACAAGCUGGGCUGGGUCCUCAGCCUGAACAACGCCGCCGCCCCCGAGGGGCCAGAGACCCCCGACUCCCCGGCCACCCCCUCCUGCUCCUCGGCGUCCCUCCCUUCCUCGGGGAGCGACUCCGAGGGCUGCGCCUCGGACCCGGAGGCCUGCCAGAGGAAGCGCUGCCGCUGGACGUGAGAGCCCUGGAAGAGCCCCACCGCCCCCCAGCCCCACCCACACGGACUCGGACUGAAACGAAAAGGACGGGCACAGCUGUCGGCACAGGUGGACCUCCCCGCUGAUGCCUGCUCUAGCCCGACUGUCGCUGUCCUUUUUUUGGGGGGAGGGAUUUCCUUCUUCGUGUCUUUAGGACAUUCAGUUCAGAUCUGCUCCCACUCGGUGCAAGGCCGUCAAGACGGCUCUCCGACUUCUCCCAACCUCCCCCCACCGCCACCACCACCCACGGCAUCACAUUCGUCAUGUUUCCCAUCCUGAUACGCGGAUGCGGAGGUUCUGCAUCGCCCCGAAUGUGGGUGCGCCCUAGAAUGUGGCAUGGGCCUGUACUGGUAUCCAGUAUAUAUUCUGCCCUGUCCCCACCAGAGCUAUUCUCUCCUGCCAGUCCUACGCCACUGACUGAUACCCAGUGUGGUGGGCCAAAGAAAACUGAAAGAGUGUCAUUCCUGGAAUAAACCUGUAGUUUAGUCUAGUUAUCUGUUUAUCUAGAUUUUAAUAUAAUCAUUUUAAAACUCGAGUGAUGUGAGUGGGCACGGGAAUUAACAGAUUCCCAAAUAGAUUCGGCCUUACAGCCAUACCAGUUCCAGCAAAGACAUCUUUAUUGACGGAGUGAUUUGGCUCGCCAGUCAAGGGUUGAAACAUGUAACUCUUGCUUAAAGUCUCCUCCAAUGCUAUUGGAUCCAGCUGUAGGAAGUAUUUUUAUUCUGAAUCUUAUUCCGAAAGGAAUGGCAUGGUGGCCCUGUGGCUAACUUUUUGCUGCUUUGCUUUGCUUGGCACUGGGUUCGAUUCCUGGGGUGCUAUCUGUAUGGAGUUUGUAUAUUCUCCCCGUGUUCA